UUUGUUUGUUUAUAGGGCAAUUAUAAUUUUGAUUUUUCAAAGAAAGAAGGAUGAAUCCUUUCCAAUGAUUCUCCUUGCCUUUAUGUCCACUCCAUCCUUCUCUCCAGUCUUUCAUGCCAACUGGAAUGUUACACCAGAUAACAAACACAUCCCUUCAAUCUAUUUUCUAUGUUCUAUUAAUACGUACAAUUCAUUCCCUUGUUUGGUCUUCUUUAGAUUUCCAUUCCGUUCCGUUCCAUUCAUUCUGUGUCUUCUCCUCCUCUGUUUCUGAGAAUCUGAAUCCUUCUCUGAUCUAAUCUCGCUGCUCUGUCUACGGGUGUGUUUAUCCUUGCAGCUCAAUUUUCCUGAACUCUGACAAAGUAGAUGAGAACUGGGUCCUUGUGAGAUUCCAUUGAAGCUGGUGAUUUUGGUUUUUGGAUAUGUGAGAAGUUCUUUCUUUUUCUUCUGGGUUUCCUCUUAUGCCAAGGGAAGUAUCUGCAAGAAAUUUUGAAAGUUUGUUGCUUAAUUUGCGAGUCAUCUUGAGCCCACAACGCAGAAUCAAGAAUACUGAAUUAUGAUGCAAAUGAAGUCAAAGUCCGUUGCAGUAUUGUCGCCGGCGAAGGGAAGCUCCGCCGUAGGAGGCGGCGGCGUGAAUGCCGUCAACUGGGAAGUUAGACCCUCUGGGAUGGUAGUCCAGAAGCGGCUUUCAGAUUCGAAGCCCGGCUCUUCUUCUUCAGUUUCUACAAUUAAGGUCAAAGUGAAAUAUGGGUCAAGUAGUUAUCUUGAAAUCAACAUCACUCCUCAAGCUAGCUUUGGGGAGUUGAAGAAAAUGCUGGCAGGGCCAACUGGGGUGCAUCCUCUGGAUCAGAAGCUCAUAUUCAAAAACAAGGAGAGAGAUUCAAAAGCGUACCUUGAUGUUGCAGGAGUGAAGGAGAAAUCAAAGAUUGUCCUGGUUGAGGACAUCAUAGCCCGGGAAAGAAGAUUGCUUGAACUUCACAAAACAUUGAAAACAGAGAAGGCGUCCAAAGCCGUAAAAGACAUCAGCCUGGAAGUGGACAAGCUCGCAGGGCAGGUCAAAUCUAUGGAAUUGGUAGUUUCCAGAGGAGGGAAAGUCCUGGAAAUGGAUUUGCUGAAUCUGAUCGAGCUUUUGAUGACACAAGUGAUUAAAUUGGACGAAGUUGUUGCCGAUGGAGAUGUUAAACAGCAGAGGAGAUUUCAGGUGAGAAGAGUGCAGAAGUAUGUUGAAACUCUAGAUGUGUUGAAGAUUCAGAACUCCAUGCGCAGCAAAAACAGAGGCGAAAAUGAAAUCCAAAGGAAUUCGACACUGCAAAAACCAGUUGUGACAACGAAAUGGGAAAAGUUCGAUUCAAAUGCAGCAAAUGUGCCAUUCAGUUCCAUCCCUACCAGCAAGAAUUCCAACCUCAGUUGGGAGUUCUUCGAGUAAGACUGGUUGCCUGGUUUGGGGUUUCAUUAUAGUUUCUGCAUUUUUUGUUUUUCCUGUAGGUAGAAUUUUUAGAACCCUCCCAUUUUGAUCUUGAAUCCCAUCAGGACUAUAAAUGGGAGGCGUGAAGCUGCUCCAUUAUGCUGGGAUUAUAGUCUUUAUUGCAAUUGUAUUUAACAGAUGGUAGAGAAAGAUAGGGGAUGGAUUAUAGUCUCUUCUAAGAGAAACCAUGGUUUUUUUUUCUUAUAAUUUUUUGUUUUUCGCAUAAUUAUAAAAAGUCGCCUUAUUUUUAGUUCUUCUAA